AUGGGAAAAAAAAUCUUGUUUACUGUUUCACUUAUUUUUUUAUCUAUGGGAUUUUCACUAACUUUGGACCAAAUAUUUGCCAGGAGGAAUCAUCUUUUAAUUUCAAUUGUUUCUUGUUUCAGCUCUCAAACAUCCUCAAACAAGGAAGUGGUUAUACAGAGUGAUCAACCGAGUCCUGGAAAUAUGAAACCAAUCCAGAAUUUCACAAUACCGAUCACACAGGCCCUGAACUACAAUCUGAGCAGACAAGCGCAUUUAGAAAAAGAACCUUGGAAUGCAUUCGGCCAUGAUUGUCCAGUUAAUGUCUCCAAGGAUGAAAUUCCCUGCAUUCUCUUUUGGGCCAAAAGAAUAACGAUUAAGUUUAAGAACCAGACCUGGCUGGAUGUUACAGAGGAAGCUUUCAGCCAGAAGGCAACAGUGGAUGCUAGCAACUCAAACUGCAGUGAAGAAAGUGCCAAAUUGUCUCUGAAAUUUGACGAUGCUGAAAAUCCCAAAGGUCUUGAAAUAAGAUUCACCCUUACCAAUUACAACAAGUUUUCCAGGCAGAGCUGGUUUAGCUUGCACCAAAUUGAAAUUAUUUUUAAUAAUUCAAUCCAAGCAACUUUUAACGCAACUGGCGUAUAUGCUCCUUCGAGUUAUUCCUAUCACUGCCAGCGGGUCAGCAGCCUACCGCAGUACGAUGCCCUCCUGUUGCCCAGCGACGUGGACGACGGGUCCAGCCUGUGGGAGGUCACUUUUGUCGAUUUCCAGAUUCAAGGCUUUGCCAUCCAGGGGGGACGGUUUGCCAAGGCCCGAGACUGCGCCCCUUCCUUCUCACCAGCCAUUCUGAUCGGCCUGGCCAUGUCCCUGACCCUGCUGCUGGUUCUGGCCUAUGCCCUGCACACGCUCAUCUACCUGCGGUAUCUGGACCGGCACUACGACUUCAUGCCCUCUCCAGCCCACUUUCCUCAGCUGAAAGCUCGAGAUGCAGCAGAAGAGAAGGAGCUGCUGAGGAGCCAGGGAGCAGAGUGCUAUGAACUGAGAGCCCAGGAGACCCGCAGAAUGUAUGUGUAG